CUCGACUGGUCUUGGCCAGUGAAUAUUCCAGUACAAGCUUAGCGUAUGGCGAUGGUUUUCUACCGUACAUAGAAGCAGAGCAAUAUUAUGCGAGAAUAUGUGAAAAGAGAUCUGUAUAAAGGGAUGGCGGGAGUCUUGAUCUGGCCGUCAUCCACAGUGUCAAUAAAUCAAUCACUACUUACAGCAUGUCAAACGGCCGAUCAGUCCCUAACAGUGUAUACUUCUAUGCGCCUGUGAAGUGGGCCCCUCCCAUCUUCGCAGUAUUCUUCUUUGUGUCAGCAUGUGUCCAUCUCGGACAAUGCAUUCGCUACAAGGCCUUCAAGGUCACUGGUCUAUACCCGUUUUGCGCGUUACUAUUUACAGUCGGGUUUGCAAUUCGAUCGUAUGAUGCUUUCGACUACGAGAACAUCAACACAUACCUCGCUAGUACGAUUUUCAUCUACGCUGCUCCACCCAUCCUCGAGCUUGCGAAUUACCAUGUCCUGGGUCGAAUCCUCUACUACGUCCCGUACUUCUCGCCUCUGCACCCAGGCCGCACACUGACAACAUUUGGUACUAUCUCCGGCCUCGUAGAGGUCAUGAAUGCAAUCGGUGUAUCCUACCUGGCCAAUCCCGCAAUCGAUGAAGAUCUCCAGAACCUCGGGCACAUUCUGAUGAAAACCUCACUCAUUCUACAAGUCGGCGUCAUCUGCCUAUUCUGCAUCAUCGCAGGCGUCUUCCACAGGCGAUGCAUCAAAGGCGGAAUCACAUCCAAGAAGGUCCAAGGUCCGCUAAUGACCAUGUACAUCAGCGUGACGCUCAUCCUGAUCCGUACCAUCUACCGUAUCGUCGAGCACUUCGGCGCGAGUCGCAUACCUGUAAACCCAGGGCCAGACUGGGACCCAAUGUCGCUUUCGCCGAUCAUACGGUAUGAGUGGUUCUUUUGGGUCUUCGAAGCGAGUCUCAUGCUUGUCAAUACGGUACUCUGGAACUGCAGACAUCCCCGUCGUUACCUGCCUCAGGAUUAUCAUGUUUACCUUGCGCAAGACGGAUAUACGGAGUUGAAGGGCCCGGGAUGGAAGGACGAUAUGCCGUGGUUCAUGACGUUUCUUGAUCCUUGUGGGCUGACGGCUGCUUUGACGGGCGGGUCGAGGAAGAAGGAGAGGCCGUUUUGGGAGACCGACAGGCUUGAGCAUGUUGAGUCGAGGAGUGGCGACGUUUGAAAAUGGCGCGUAGUUUCUACGUGUGAAAUUGAGGAUUCUAUUAGGCCAAUUUGGUUAUUUAGGCGUGAGAAAAACUCAUCUUAUCUGAAUUUGGGGGAACAACCUUGUGGGUUUCUCAUGUAAGAUAUAUGAAUAAACUCUGAAAACAACUGUCCAAGGGG